AACCGAUUUUCUGUUUUUGAAGAUUGUUCUGAACAUUUAACAAUUUGUUUCUGAAUCAGGGAGCCCCACGAGUUGUGUCUUUUUGUAUGGUUGUUUAGUAAUUCAUUUUUUCAUUGUAUAAUGUUGAACUUUGAGUGUCUCGGACUUUGCCGGCAUAUUUUCAGCUUCUGGUCUGUUUAAACGUUGACAUCGAUUUCCUCGAAAUCUGAGAAUUGGAGAAACUUUUUAAAAGCACUAAUGGAUUCAGUUUAUGUUUCUACAAACCCACAAAAUCCCUAUUCUUAACUCGAAAGUCAAUUUUACGGCUCAACCCCUUUCAGUUUCAUCGAGUCUUACAAUGCAAUAAUAGUCAUAACCAAAAAGUUUCACUCAAACAGCAAAUCUAUUCUUGUUAGUCGUUCAGAAACAAUCUUGCAACAUAGAGAAAUCAGUUUUGAAUGUUCUGUGAAAUCUUCCUCUUAAUUGAGUGCAAUUCCCAUCCAUUGUUCAAUAUUUUCACUUUUAGGUUGAACCAGAAUCUUUCAAUUGAUCGUAUUGCUGCAAAUUGUAAGACCAGAAAGAUUCAACUCUUUUUGACCAUUUUAGUGCCAAGUUUAGUCAUUAUUCUAAUAGUUUUUUUGGCUUUGUCAUUAUUAUAGUUUCUGAUCUCCUCAGAUAAUCUGUCGCUAAGAUCUAUUACCAAUUAAUGUUCUAAUUUCAAUUUAACGACUUUACUCUUAAUUAUUCAAUAGCAUAGCAUGUCAUCGGCCAUUUUCAAUAGUUGUGCGAUUAAUUUGAUCGGCGGUUAAAAUGUCUAAUGAUCAAUUGUACUGAGUAAUGGGUAAAAUUACACAAUUUAUUUCUAACUAAUUAAUGAACUUAUUGAUUGCCAUUGACACUUUUAAACAGGGAAGACAAUGAAACUAAAUAACUUAUUGAUUUGGAAAUCUUCAAACUUAAUAUUUCAUCCUUAUUACUCGAGUUUGACAUAAAACGGCAGAGAAAAGUAUCACAUUUUGAAAUUCAAUAUUUCAAUAUUAUUAAGUGAUUUUUAACUGCUGUGAAGGAAAGCAGAGCAUUUGAUAUGUUUAAUGAGCUUUCGUUAAUUUGAAAUCUCAUUUUUAUGAAAACCAAAAAGUCUUUACAAGUUAUCAAAUCUAAAAUUAAACCACUGAUGAAGCUAUCGGCCAUUUUGAAAGUGAAUAAAAUUCUAACUGCGUAUUUACCGAGAUUGAUUAUCCGUGUGAUUGGAUUUCGUUCAAGUGAUGUUAAUGAUGCCGAAGCAAUUAGCAAGAUAAAGAAACUCGAAUCAAUAUGCAUCUCAUUCAAUAUUUUACCAAAUGGAUUCUCCCAAGAUCCAAGAGUAACCCCAUCAAGAUGGACUACAACAAAAUCCAUCCUCUACUUCAGCCUAAUGACUGUUCAUAUCAUUCAUUUGGCAUUAUUGAGUGUCUUCGAUCUGCCUGAUGAAUGGCUUCUUGUUCUUGGUGACUUUUUCUAUGGUCAGAAAAAUGGUCGAUAUUUUUGGUUUAUUUGGCUCAAUAUCUCCAUUGUUGGUGAAAUUUUAAGACAUUAUUGGAUAUUUUUGUUUAAAAAUGGUCAUUUUGAAACUUACAAAUUGUACAGUUUAAUAUAUGAAAAAGGAUUCAAAAGUCAACUUUUAUCCAUGAAUCAAUGUUAUUGCCAAAAGUUUCGCUUUGUUGCCAUCAAUUUAGCGAAUGCGUGGCUUUGGAUUGUUUAUUGUAUUGCGAUUACUUUUGCACCAAUCUUAAUCUUCGUUGUUAAUUCUUCGAAUCAACUACCUCAAACAUCCAUUCAGUUCAUCUACAACAGUUUUUGGAUUUUGGUCAAUUACCUAGGAAUAGUUUCUACUUUAUAUAACACGAUAUUACCCGGUGCUCUAGUAACAGUGCAUUUGUCUUACUUUUACUUCAAAGCUGCUCAUGUCACCCAGACGGCAGAGGGUCUUGCGACUGAAAGAAAGCUUUUGAAUAAGGUUGACUAUCUGCAUCAUUAUAAAGCUACUGUUAGUGAGAUCAUCCAAUAUCAAAAUGAAAUUGAACAACUAAAUGUAAACAUAAGAAACUGGCUCAUAUUUCUGUACAUCGGACUUUCGGCUGCUGCAGAUUUUGGGAUGUUCAUUGCAAUCUUUGUUCACAUUGAUCGAUUUAUGGACCUUUUCGUUGUAAUUGUUACAAGCCUUGGCGUUGUAGCCAUCGGGGCUUGUUCAUACACCAAUGGAGUUAUAUUAACGAUGAUGAGCUCUUAUUGUAAAAACCUGAGGAAGGCGACUAGAUAUUUACAGUUGAGUGCAAGAGCUUUUAUAAAGGGAACUGAUUUACAAGAUCGACUCUCAAGGACUGAUAUAGCGUUUACUAUUGGUGAACUUCUGGAUAUGACUCCUCGAGUAUUUGUAAUUGUAAGUAUCAACUGAUUGGUUGCAUUGGUUUAUAUUAUUAGUUUAACUGGA